AUGCACAAUUAUUCCAAGGUGGGAGUUAACCCUCAAACGCUGCUCGAAAUUAUCAAAUUCAAUCUCUGGGACGAUAUUGGCCACAAUGUAUUGACCUUUUGUGCGGAGAUUGUUUCCGGGGUCGGAACGCUUGGCACAAUUGCUCUAGGUGGCUUACCUAUUUUCCUGGAUUCGGGGGCGCUGAAUGCGCCUUUGGUGAUCUAUGGGUGGCCUCGACAGUCCUGGCGCAUCGAUCCAGCCCCGAUGGCGAACGCUGCAGACCGACCUUACGACUCUCAACCCGUCGUAUUCCAAAGAGGCUUUCUCGGUAAUGACACAUCCCCUGUGGAGCUUAGCGACCCCCCUGGCGUCUGCCUCGCUGACCUCAGAUCACUUGGCAAUGGAAAACAGGAUGAUUAUCGCGACCUUGAUUAUGAUAGUCUCCUCUUUGUCGAUCUGGAUGGCAAACCCGUCGACGUCCGUAUCGUACUUAACGAGAACGGCAAGGCCGUGGAUAUGUAUGUCGGCGACCCAGAUGCUGGCCCCUGGACCAGGGAGGCGCUUAAAAGUUCCAAUUCGGACAAGGUGACUGCUGAUCCCACCACCGUUACUAUCAUGACGGGUGUUCCGGCUGGCAGCGAGUCCCGACCCACGAUCCCUUACGACUGGGGCCCAAACGAGAUCGGGAAGCGUGGUGACACCUGCACUUUGAUGCGCCCUGAAGAUUCGCCCUACGUUCCGUCUCUCGAGUCUGAAUGA